GAUGGCCGCCGCGGCGCCGCGCGCCGCGCUCCUGCUGCUCCUCUGCGAGCUCCUGCUGAGCGGCCGGCCCUGCCGGGGCGGGGCGGCGCCGCCCGGCGGGGCCUCCGCGGGGCGCGGCGCGGGUGGGGGCCCUGGGCGUGCGCACCACCGCUGUCGCUCGCAGGAGUUCGCGCCCUACCACGCGCUGCCCGCCCCGCGGCUCCUGGAGAUCGGGCCCCCCGACGCCGGCUCCCUGCUGUCCUGGGCGGAGUGCUUCGGGAGCCUCGCGGCGCUGGCUUGCCUCACUGCGCCGACUUGA